AAACUACAACUCCAAUGCUGCUUUACGCAAUUUUGAUGACGUUCCAGGACAUUUCCCGUAGUAACCUUUCCUGUCUGGCUGGUGGUGCGUUUGCGCCUCCUGUCUUGAAAGAGAGGUGAAGAAGAGUUUACUUUCCAGAGUUUAAGGUUUAGGUUCGGUGUUCGUGUGGACUGAAGGGUGUCGUCGAAGCAGAAAGCACAUUAUCACGGAGCCAGGAUGCUGAACAUGUGGAAGGUUAGGGAGUUGGUUGACAAAGCAACCAACGUGGUGAUGAACUACUCAGAGGUGGAGUCUAAAGUCAGAGAGGCCACCAAUGACGACCCAUGGGGACCAUCAGGACAGCUGAUGAGUGAAAUAUCCAGAGCCACCUUCAUGUAUGAACAGUUCCCAGAGGUGAUGAACAUGCUGUGGGCCCGCAUGCUGAGGGAUAAUAAGAAGAACUGGCGAAGAGUCUACAAGUCCCUGCUACUGCUGGCCCAUUUAAUCAGGAAUGGAUCGGAGAGGGUUGUUACCAGUGCCAGAGAACAUCUGUAUGACCUUAGAUCAUUAGAAAGCUACCACUUUGUAGAUGAGAAUGGGAAGGACCAAGGUGUGAAUGUUCGUCAUAAAGUAAAGGAGAUGGUGGAAUUUGUCCAGGAUGAUGAGAGGCUUAGGGAAGAACGGAAAAAGUCAAAGAAGAUCAAAGACAAAUACAUUGGGGUAUCCUCAGACAGUAUGGGAUACCGACGUUACUCGGGGGACAGGUACGACGCCAGCGAUUCACGGGGAAAGUGGGACGACGACUGGGAGAGGAAUAAAGGGCAAUUCCCCUUCAGCGAGACAUUGGGAGAGAUCAGCGACAAAAUCGGCAGCACCAUUGACGAUACCAUAAGCAGAUUUAGAAAGAAGGAUAGAGAAGACUCACCAGAUCGAUUUAGUGACAACGAUGAGGACCGGGGUCGCUCAUCUCACAAUGGCCAGUCAGGAAAAGAAUUCAAAGAUGAAGAGGAAACUGUAACCACUAAGAGUGUGCAAAUAGUCCAAGCAACAGAGACUACAGCAACACGGAAGAGAGGAGGGGUUCCGUCUAAGAAAGUAGACUUGGGGGCCGCAGCCAACUACAUAGGGGAUAAGAGCCCAGACACCACCACCAAACAGGCAGCAACAGCACACCCCCAGCCAGCAGCCCAGCCCUCCAGUACCGGCCUAGCUGACCUACUAAUGGUGGACACAACACCAAGCCAGCCUGCUGCCACAGACCUGAUCAGUGGAUUUGCUGACUUCUCCUCACCUGCUGCGUCCGUUGGCUUCUCCCCGGGAUCUGCAGCACCUUCCUCUAGCAGUAAUGGAGACUUUGGGGAUUGGAAUGCCUUUCCCGGAGGUCAGAUGCCAGCAUCUGCUCAGACUGUUGACACCAGUGGAAAUAGCCUUUUUGGAGCCAUGACAGGCCCGGCCACCGCGCCUGCCCCAAUCUCAGCUUUGGGCUCUGGUCCUGCCUCAGCAGACCUGUUUGACUUGAUGGGGCCAACUCAGUCCCUCACCUCCUCUCAGAGCCUCAACUUUAGCAUGAGCAGCACACAGAGCAUGAGCAGCACCGUCCUGCCCCAGUCUAGGUCACAGCCACUACAGAACAUGGGGGGGGCUUUGCAACCACAGUCUGUCCAGCCCUUUCAGUCUGCACAGCAGGGAAUGGCCUCUCAAGGAGUCGGAGCCAAAGCAGCCGUUCCUUCCACCUGGUCAGACUCCUCAGUUAACAUCAGCCUGGACUUCCUGGGCCCAGGCAUGCAGCCACCCAAGCAAAGCCAGCCCACCCUCAACACCCUCCAACACGGCAACCAGUUACCUGCCAACAUACUCUCCCAGGGAUUUUCUGGUAUGAGCCUUGGACCUACAUCGACCAGACUGCCUCUAAAUCCUAUGAUGCACCCUGGUGCUGGCAUGGGCAUGGGGAUGGCCCCCAACCCGGGCAUGAUGGGGAUGGGCAUGAACAUGGGGAUGCCACAGGGCGGUAUGACCAUGGGUAUGCCCAAUGCCAUGGGGAUGGGAAUGGGGAUGAACCCUGCAAUGGUCCAACAGCCCAAACUCGAUGCCUUUGCUGACUUCGGCAACUUUGGAAAGUGAUAGAGCUGGAGAGCAAAGAUUAUCUGGUGGAGUGGUGUUGGUCUCUCUCUCUUUCUCUCCGUCCAUUGUUGAAGGAUUGUUAAUGAGCUUCAAACAAAGAGUACUUGAAUAAUCAACUAUUACAACACCGACACCCUGUAAUCUUCUUCAUGUUUUUUUUUAAGAAGAAAUGCUGUGUAGUGAUAUGGAUCUAAAUAAUUGUUUGUGUUGGGUUUGAACCAACGAUCUGUCUGGUCUUGGGUGAUGGUCAGACACACACUGAGUGUGCCUUGUUCUUACUUACGGGGAGAAAAGGGUGUGCCACCAAGAGAAUGUCAGGGAGAUUUGCUUUAUAACCUCAAUCAAGUGAAAUCACCAGAAUUGCAAAAGAAUAUAUAAGUAGCUGCAUAAUUGUUUUGAGAUGCAUUCUCAGUAACUUUACUGAAUGAUAGGAAUGAAUAACAUCAGCCAUUUUAACUUUCUAAUUUACAUUUAAGAAUGUCAAGUUACCUCUUUUUUUUGUCAUUGCGCUUCCUUUGACCUGUAAAUAGAAAUCUGGAGCCCUUACAAAGAAGUUAUGGAGUUUCCUAUAUGAGAGGCAGUGACAGUGUGAAGAGUUAUAUCGUACAGAUCAAAUCUGAUAUGAAUUAAGACCCAUAACAAAGCACAUUGCCACCUUCUCUUUGUACAUAAGUGUCCACACACUCCAGAUGUGGCCUGUGCUAAAGUUAAUGAAUGAGUGUUCGGAGUGAAGGCUAUUGAUUCAUUUGAGGAGUUUCUCCUUCAACAGACCAUCAUUUGUGGCCUUUCUUAUUUCUAUAUAUAAAUCUAUAUAUUUUAAUUAUGAAGAAGAUUAUAAUCAGUUUGCAUCCAAAUGAGAUAAUCAGUAGGUAGAAAAAGGCUCAUUCAGGGGUUGUGGGUUCUUUAUUACAGCACAGAGUGCCUGAAAGAUCUUUGCUGUUUCUUUUAAGUUAACCUCUUGGAAGGAAAGGCUGUGACUGUGCAGUGUUGAGGAUUGCUACCAGAGCGGAGCUUCUGUACUAUGUACAAACAUCUGCGUUUGUACUAAUGCCUCAAACCAAGCGUACUGUCUGUACAGAUAGAUGCAAUUGUAUAAUCAUUUCCCUCACUCUGUUUUGUUUGUCCCAUGCACACUUUUGUGGUUCCACUUUAUUCAGGUUAGUGAUAACUUCACAGCUCAAAAAAAUACAAGAUGAAAAUAUAUGGAGCUCAACUUAAUUGAACAUCUCAGACUGUUAUUAAGAUUGCAUCAUGUUUCCUAACUUUUUAGAACAAUUGUGAGAGAAAGCAAUUUUACCAGUUGGGAUGCAAUUUGGAUAUCCAGUAUGUUACAGCGGUUGGAUGAAGAUGUGUUGUGGCUUACCGCAUAAUGACCAAUCCCCUUCAGCUGUACACCAGCUAACUGAUCUGUUAGAUGUACAAAACAUUGCUCUUCAGUGGUUCAAGUGCCUGCCGGUGGUUGCCUCCUGACCCUUGUAAUGAGAGUUAAGUAAAUCUUGGCUGCCAGACAUUUUUGGUAUAUGAACAAUUGGAUAAAUAAUUCAAUGAUAAGAGGCAGUGGAUUUUGCAGCCCCAAGAGGAUUGAAGUUGUGCUUUACAACUCUCCCAAGGGCUCAAGAGGCUGAGCACACUAACACAUAGUAGCCUUGCAUCGGAGUCUGAAACGUUUAAAUGACCAAAAUCUGUUUGCUUUUUUCCUAAAAUAUAUCAAUAGGUUUUAUUCAUUUUGUUUUCUACAAAUUGUUUUGAUCUUCUCUAAAAGGGGAUUGUCAUCGAAACACUAGCAUAUGCAAAUAUAAAAAGAAAAUCCUUUGAGAAUGAAAUGUUGCAUUAUUCCCAUUUUGAUUUGAUGAACACAUUGAUUCUUUAUCUACAACAUUAAACAGUUGAUUGGAAUGUG